GCGGACCUGUCCUACCUGCUCUUCUGCAUCCCCUUCCAGUCCACCAUCUACAUGAUGCCCACCUGGGUGCUGGGCGCCUUCAUCUGUAAAUUCAUCCACUACUUCUUCACCGUGUCCAUGCUGGUCAGUAUCUUCACCCUGUCCGCCAUGUCCGUGGACAGGUACGUGGCCAUCGUCCACUCCAGAAAGUCCUCCUCCAUCCGCGUGGCCACGCACGCGCUGAUCGGGGUGCUGGUCAUCUGGGUCCUGUCCCUGGCCAUGGCCGCGCCCGUCAUGUACUACCAGAACAUCUUCCACGGAGGACAGAACCACACCUUCUGCUGGGAAGUGUGGCCGGACCAGAACCACAAGAAGGUGUACGUGGUGUGCACCUUUGUGUUCGGGUACGUGCUGCCGCUGCUGCUCAUCUCCUUCUGUUACGCAAAGGUUCUAAACCACCUGCACAAAAAACUACGAAACAUGUCCAAGAAGUCAGAGGCAUCCAAGAAAAAGACUGCCCAGACCGUCCUGGUGGUGGUGGUGGUCUUCUGCCUGUCCUGGCUGCCUCAUCAUGUGGUCCACCUGUGGGUGGAGUUCGGGACCUUCCCCCUGAACCAGGCGUCUUUCGUGUUGCGAGUUGCCGCCCAUUGCCUGGCGUACAGCAACUCCUCAGUCAACCCGGUCAUCUACGCCUUCCUGUCGGAGAACUUCAGGAAGGCCUACAAACAGGUGUUCAAGUGCCAGAUCGGCGCCGGUGACUCCCCAUUGAACGACAUCAAAGCCGUUCGCAGCAAAGCAGAGACUCCGCCUUCCACCAACUGCACCAAUGUGUGACAGAGGGGGGAGGGGCUUUAAAGGACGACGCCGUUGGAGUCUUGUCUGGACUAUUUGAACUGAAGCUCUGAUUUGACUGUUCCACAUCAGUGCUGUCGGUUCUGUUUGAGUCCAGAUGAAGGACGUGAUCACAGUUGGAUCAGCUUCAGUUUCAGAAUGAGUCUGAAACUUUGGAAAAUGAUCCUCCUUCUAUGUUUAAUGGUCAAAUUUUAUGGUUUUAACCCAUGAAGACCCAGAGCUGCUUCUGUGGCAGCUCCCAGCUGAAGUUUUCUC